AUGGAAAUCGCCCUCUGGUUGACACAGUCCUGUCUCCUUGCUGUGGCCUUAUUCGUUUCUCUUGGGGAAGAGCUGGUUUUAGACCCAAAGGGAAACGAGUUGUUUCUGAAUUCUAUUCCCGUGCUAAAUGAAAAAACUCGGCAUCAGCCCAACAUGUCACAAUGUUACCUGUUGGAGAAGCCUGCAAAGUGGCAGAUUUCAUUCGGUGUUCUCACCGCCGCACAUGCAACCUUCUUAUUCGUGCUUUUUAGACUGCGAAGCCACAAGAAAUCUCCCCAGCCUAUUUUACCCGUUCUGUGUGUAACCAGCUGGUUGAUGGUUGUGUUGCUUUUGUGCGCAAAGAUCGUUAUUUAUCUAACACCGAAUGUAACCACUGAAACAGGCCCAAAAGGUGACUAUCUCACCAUGAUUCUUACUGUUGCCUGGGAGACAACCAGGGCCCAUUUCGAAAAAUGGUCCCAAAGGAUUUUUCACGCUGUUGUGCAGUCGAUACAGCCUAGUAAUUAUAUGCAAGAUUUCAUUCAAUGGCAACUGAAUAAAAUUUACGUCUGCUUGCCUGAAGGUAUGGCAAUGGAAGAAUUUGGACCGAGGAUACCUCGAGCUACUUUCGUGUUAGUUAUAACAUACUGCAUUUCUAGUGGUUACGUGAUAUUUCUUGUUUUAAAUUACGAGGAGGACACCGUAAAAAUGAACUGUGAGCAGUUCAACAGUAGACGUAAAAGAUCUGCAAAGCAUAGAGAUUAUGGAUGUGAGAGUUUAGACCUGGAAGGGGAGGAAAUGAGGCAAAGAAGAACCAUAAUGUGUAAAUCGAAAAAUUGCCUUCGGGGAAAAGAAAAAUUUAGUGUUGCUUUUCUGGAAGAGAGUGACGAGGAAUCUUUCGUAUUCGGUUGGCGGUUGUAA